AUGGCGCAGUCAGUCCUCUCCCAAACGCAUCACGACAAAGUCACGGAAGCCGAAGGAAGCGUGCUCGAUAUCGCGCGGCAAUCUUCGUCGUCAGGUCAUCAAGACGUCGGCGAUAUCGAGGUGGAACUUGGCAUGGGCGCUCAUAGGGACAUUGGCAGGCGCGGCAGUCGGGCAGGCGACUCGGGACGACGAGAGGGCAGCGGCAAGAGCAGUUUCUCAAGAUGGAGGCUUCAAGCAUCUACCCAAUUUGCGCGCGAAAGCCUGGGUAUCCAAUUCCGACACUCGGAUGACACCAACGAGAAGCACCGCACGUAUGAAAACACCAUCGAAUCUGAAAGCGAUCCGCUGAGCAGCAGUUCUCGAUCAUCACCUCGUUUCCGGCCAUCACUGAUGAUUCGUAAACCCGGUUUCUUGCGCAGCAGCCAGAACGGACGAGUGGGCGCCAAUGGGAAUGGUAACGGUGGUGCAGGUAAUGGUAACGGUAAUGGGAAUGUGGAUAGACGCGUCAGUGACUAUCGUUCCUGGUCGCCCAACUACCAAAUUAAUUUGCCUUUCCAGCCUCCCUCUGGACAAGGGGCGCUAUCUGCUGCCCAGGCAACCUCGACGGCGGGGUCUCUGUCCUACCUGACUGCUCCUACCACAACCGGCCACCACGAAGCUGAGCUAUCUGAAUCAUAUCCGGUCGCACCUCCUUCGUACGCUGCUUCUGUUCUCACCAACGGUGGAGAAUCGCCUCUAUCGGUCCCUCGUUCCGUCGGCCAGUCUUCGUAUCCAACUAGUGGGCCUGUUGCGAGCACCCACCCUCCUGCGAAAGGCAAGCGCAAGAGCGAUGACCUCUUGAGCAGCCCCAAUCAGACCUCAGGUGGCAAUAAAACUUCUCCAGACACCUUCUCUUCCGACCUUACCCCACCGUUCCCUAUUCGCGAUCUAUCCAAAGAAGACAGAGGGAGUAUCUACGACCAGAGUAUCGAUGAAGACCCCAAAGUCCUCGGUGGAAGCGCCGUACGCCAGGUAUUGAGAAGCCUGAGUCCCCGCACUAGCAAGGCCAGCUUUUUGCCAAGGCGAUCUUUCAUUCAUGGACAUAGCAGACGAGAGGCUUCUUCGAGUCUCGAGAUGGAGCCGAUGCGCAGUCCGACUGAGCAGAGGCCCACCUCUUCUGCUCCUCCACCACCGCUUCCUUCUCCCAACACCCAAGCCAGCCUCUCCGCCGCCCAAGCUCGACAUGAAUCACGCCCCCUUCCUCCAAUACCUCAGCACCCGACGAUCAAUUCUCCACCACCGACACCAUCUCAACCGACAGAGCCGCAGCGCCCUGAGGCUUCGCAGACCACGUUCAAGCUGACACCGCCAUCAGCGAGCGCGAGCACGCGAUUCAUCGUAACGCCGCAACGCUCCAAUUCCGACGAUAGCGCAUGGCCAUCCUCUCAGAUAGCCUCGACACGCUUCUCCUACAGUUCCGGGAGCAACUUGCAUGGAAGCUCUCCUCUCGUUCCUGAUAGCGCGAGUCCGCCAGUGAGUGGAGGGGGGAGACAAUCCGCGCGGUUCUCCGCGCUCCCGAAGCUACCGCCAGACACUGCACAAGGACCGUCCAUGUCUCGACGAACCUUCCGACUGACCCCAGCCAGCUUCAUCCCCUUCCCCCGGCAAGACCCCUCGCGGCCCUCCACGAGCGGAACAGGCGCAGGCACAGGGAUCGCCGGUCCCUCUACAGGCGUGAGCAGCACCGGCGGACCCACCACUACCGCCGACGACCACCACCUCCACGUUCGAGAUUCCUUCAUCGAUUUCACCGUUUCCUCGGACGUUUCGACCAUCUCGAACAACGGGUUCGUGACUGACACGAGUUCGGCGCAGGAUGUGCGGAGAUAUAGCACUCCGCCGCAGAUGCACCCUGCUUUGCCAGAGGAGAGAUCUAGAUGGAGUAGCUCGAAUAGUGCGGGGGUCUCAGUAGGUGAUGAGGGCAGGGGCGUCCAGUUUGAGGGAGGAUUCGGAGGACUCGGGAACGGUAAAGGAAAUGGUAACAGUAACGGCGAUGGGGAGAACAAGAGCCCAACAAGCGGAGGCGAGUCAUCAUCUUCCGGCGGCACACAGCGGUCAACGCGCUCCACCACCUUCCCAAUCCCAGUCCAAAUCUCCAUCCCGCGCAACUCGCAAUUCCUCAGCCCACACCGCCAAGUCCGGCUCAGCACAUCAGGCUCCUCCUCGCGCAGCGACCCGGUCCACGUCCACCCGAUGAUGGAGAACCUCGAAUCACCAACGGACAGUAUCCCCAUCUCCGCCUCGGACGUCAACUUUACCUAUAGCGAUGAUGAGCCUCUACCAGCUAUCGCACAGGGCCGUUCCAGGGCGUUCAUGGACCGCGACUCGGUGCUGGUAGGCCCCAUGAGCCCCUUCCGCGCCGUCCCUCCCUCUCCCUCAACCGAGCAGCACCACGGGACACACGAAUCAGACGAGGCGGCGGUGGGCCCGCCUACACCCCUCCCCACCGGCCUCUCCUCGCCCAACUACAUCGUCCAACGCGUGCUAGGGCUGAGCUCCCCAGCAUCGUCGGUGACAGCCCGCCCGCCGGGUCCAAGCUCCCAGUCUCAUUCCCAUUCCCAUUCCCAACUUGAUCUACACUCGCGCUCGCGCUCUGGAUCAACCUCGGCGUUCUUCAACACGCCGCUCUCUGCUCGGUUUGAGACUAGCCUCAAGGGAUCGUCAGAUCCGGACAUACCACGGACCUUCUAGUUCCAUCGAGUCCCUACUUGUCCGAAUUUCAUGUGUAUUUCUUUCUUGAUUACUUUCGUCGUCGUCGUGUUCUCUUCAUCUCUGAACGAUCUAUGGACACGUCCACCUCUAUUCAUCUAACGACUUCUCCUAUACCCUUCGCAGAGGCUGAUUAUCUAGCAACAACCCCCUUUUUCUUGGGUUAUUCAACUCGCAAAGCAAGCCUUCAAUUUCAAUUUUAGCUUCAACUUCUACAAGAUACUUUCUUUAGCUUUUUCAUCUGUACAAUUAGCCAACCAUUCCUUUUUCUUUUUCUUCAGCUUUCAAAAGCCUGUUGUACAACCCACCACCCCUUUUGCACAUAUGUACGAUACCAACCACAACCUUUCACAACCUACCACCCUCGCGUAUAUACUUGUACCCCUCGGUAGGAACCCAAACACCAAUCCAAAACCUUCUAAA